GCGGCUUUUGCUGCUCUGGACGUUUUACAGAACAGGGUAAAUACUUCAAGUUGACGACGAUGUCACUACUGCUCGUAACCUUGGCGGUCUCGCUGAUACUUGGCGAAGUCAUUGACGCCGAUCACGUGCACAAUACGACCGCAACUUACCUGGAGCUAAGGCCAGAGCUCGGGAAAUAUCAAGACGAAUCGAAGUGUUUCCCCCUACAAGAGACGUGGUACAUGAUGUACCGAAGCCACGAGAUCGACCCAGGCUUUGGAGGAAAAGCGAAGUGCGUAAAGGGUUACCAAACUGGACCAUUGGUGGACGGCUCGGCUCCGAUUCGUCUUCACAUUGGAGGAACCAACAUAAAUGCGACCUACAACCUUAAUUCCACCGAGGGUUAUCAAGCCAAGAACGCCGCGGAGUUCAUGACAUCCCAAGGAUCAGUGAAUGUGCUCAUUGCUUACGUGGACUGCGCUACUUGCUGUCUUUUCAGGCAUCCCUACAUCACAUCAGGUCCUGCUUGCAGUGUUUUGGUUCCGGAAAGUCAUCUGGGAAAGUCCACUUUCUGUGAUUUUGUCUUCGAUUUGCUUUGCGGAGCCUCUACCAAAUAUCAAGUCUACGAGGAAAGCUGCAAAGAAAAACGCUAAAGGCAACCGCGUCUUCAUUGUUGCAUUGAAAAUGUAAAUUAAGAAUUUCAGGACCCCUUAACAUUUCGCGAGCAAAGGCAAGUAGUGGCGGCGAUAUGUUUAGCAUUUUAUUACGAUGCGGGCAAGCUACGCUAAGCUGAUACAUGCUUUUUUUAUUGAAGAAUUGAAACGUUAAAUUAAACCGCCGUGGUGUGUAAUGGAUCAUAUAUCAUUGGAGCAUAUUUUCUCGGGCUUAGUCUAUUCGUAUAUAAGGUUCAAGGAUCCAAUGAGCAUAGCAAAAAGGCCUGAUAGUCAUAGAUAUGGGUUCCAAAAAACACUGUUCUCAUCAUGGUUUCUGAAAGUCACUGUUAAAGUGGCAGGAAACUAAAUAAACAUGCUGAAACGCUUGGCUAGCUCACGUUUUUGAAGCAUUUUGAGAGUCUUUUGCUUAAAAAUAAUUUAAAAACAUGCCUCUUUUUUUUGCACGUCAGCCAGAAAUAGGGGAACAUAUUUUAAUUGCUCACGUGAAUUUCCGGACGUUACUAUUCCUCUAAAACAUUUUAUAGUAUUUUUAGGCAUGUGUGUAGGCAAUUACAAAUUUAUAGUUUUUGCAGUUCGGUGUUUCUUCAAGGAUUAAUACACAUGUGGCAGAGCAUUCUACUCUGGCAAAAAGGGUAUUUUCUUCCGGUAAACCGCUAAGACUCUUUUGCUAAGAGGGUAGGUGAGAUUUAUGCACAUUGAACGCUUUCAUUUUCCCAUUUGUGUUUUCCAAUAAAAUUUCGUUCGAUUUUCCGUACGUGUUUCAGCCAUUAUAGUUAAAACUUCUGAGAAUUGUUUAAUGUAUUUUAA